AUGACAACCAGGAUAAUCACGGUGGCGCAGGGCGGCGCCGGCGCCGACUACGCGACCGUGCAGGAGGCCAUCGACGCGGUCCCCCUCGGCAACACGGUCCGGACGGUGAUCCGCGUGGCGCCGGGCGUGUACCGGCAGCCCCUGUACGUGGCCAAGACCAAAAACCUAAUCACGCUCGCCGGAAUCUGCCCCGAGGACACGGUGCUGACGUGGAACAACACCGCCGCGCAGAUCGAGCACCACCAGGCCUCGCGCGUGAUCGGGACGGGGACGUUCGGAUGCGGGAGCACGAUCGUCGAAGGGGAGGAUUUCAUUGCUGAGAACAUCACUUUUGAAAAUUCUGCCCCGCAGGGCUCUGGCCAGGCUGUGGCACUUAGAGUGACGGCUGACCGCUGUGCAUUCUACAACUGCAGAUUCCUUGGCUGGCAGGACACACUGUAUCUGCACCAUGGGAAGCAAUAUUUAAGGGAUUGCUACAUUGAAGGAAGUGUGGACUUCAUUUUUGGUAAUAGCACUGCUCUUUUGGAGCAUUGUCAUAUCCACUGCAAAGCUGAUGGAUUCAUUACAGCCCAGAGCAGGAAAACAUCCCAGGAGACCACCGGAUAUGUAUUCUUGAGGUGUGUGAUCACUGGCCAUGGAGGGACAGAUUACGCGCAUCUCGGACGGCCGUGGGGACCUUUUGGAAGGGUAGUCUUUGCAUACACAUAUAUGGACGCUUGUAUUAAGCAUUGUGGCUGGCAUAACUGGGGAAAUGCUGAGAACGAAAGAAGUGCUUGCUUUUAUGAGUACAGGUGUUUCGGUCCGGGCAGUAACCCAUCUAAGCGCGUAACGUGGGCCCGGGAGCUGGUAGAUGAAGAAGCCGAGCAGUUCCUUGCACAUAAUUUUGUGGACCCCAAUCAAGAGCGUCCGUGGCUUGCUCAUAAGAUUGCUGUGAGGAUACCAUAUUCGGCUUAG